AUGGGAAAAAGAGAUAAAAAAAUAAUAAUAGAAGAACCAGAAGAACUAGAGGAAGCAGAAGAUGUUUUUGAAGUUGAAAAAAUUUUAGAUAAAAGAGUUCAGCAUGGAAGGAUUCAAUAUAAUGUAAGAUGGAUAGGAUUUUCAUCAGAUUAUGAUACAUGGGAAGAUGAAGAUAAUGUUGCAGGUUGUCCAGAACUAGUUAAAGAAUUUGAAAGUUCAAGACAACAAGAAAAAAAAAAAAGUAAAAAAAGAAAACAUACUAUAAUUAACGACGAUCCAACUGCAGUAGAAAUAUCAUCAUCAUCAUCACCACCAACCACCAAACCUUCAUCAUCAACAACAGCAGCAGCACCAGCAUCAUCAUCAGCAUCAGUAACAACAAAAACAGCAACAGCAACAGUAACAACAGAUACAUAUUUUUCUAAUAAUACUACAUCAACACACCAAAAAACAAAUCAUUCAGUUGAGGUUGAAGAAAAUAUAAAAAAUGAAUAUAUAAAAUUUGGUGUACCUUAUAUUGAAGGUGUUGGUUUUGAAAAUGGUCAUUGUGUUGAGGAGGUUAUAGGUUGUAAACCCUUUGGUCAAGAUAAUACACUAUUUUUCUUUGUUAAAUGGAGAGACCAAGAAAAAUUAUCUUGGGUACCAAAUGAAAUCCUUAAACAUAAAGAACCAUUACAAUUAAUUGAGUUUUAUGAAAGUAGACUUAAAUUUGGUUAUAGUGGUCAGCCAAGUUAA